CCAUCCGAGAUGCUGACCAAGGCUGAUAUCCUCUUGGUUACGAUGACUUUUGCAAACCUGAACCCGGCGCACACACCGGGAUAUUACGACAUUCCAAAGCCUGGACUGCUUAAGGACUACGAUUUCAUUAUCGUUGGAGGAGGCUCAGCCGGGAGUGUCCUCGCCAAGCGGUUGUCCGAAGAUCAUUCUAAUCGAGUGCUGCUCCUGGAAGCUGGUGGUGUGGAGGACACUGUCACCGACAUCCCCAUGUUCACGGCCGUCAGCCAAAGAACGGAUAUCGAUUGGGGAAUACAGUACGAGGCACAGGAGAAAGCUGCACACGCAUUCGAUGACAAUAGGUCGUGGCUGACGAUCGGAAAGGUCCUCGGUGGCAGCAGCGUACUCAACUACAUGAUCUACAAUCGAGGGAAUCACCGUGACUACGACAACUGGGCCAGAGGCGGAGCCAAAGGAUGGUCGUUCAAAGAGGUGCUGCCGUACUUCAAGAAAUCGGAAGACAACAGAAAUGACAGCUUUGUUAGAAACGGAUUCCACGGCAGGGGUGGUGAACUGACGGUCACCUCAAACAAGUACAGGACACAAAUACUCGAAGCAUUCGUGCAGGGCGGAAAGGAAUUGGGCUACGAUGAUGUAGACGUCAAUGGCCCUCAGCAAGCAGGCUUUACUCAGUGUCAGGCAACAGUGAAAGAGCAGGAGAGAUGGUCAACGUCAAAAGCAUUUAUCGCGCCAAUCGGCGGGAAAAAGGGACGUAGAAAUCUGCACGUUUCGCUUUUUUCGAUGGUAACCAAGGUUAUAUUCGACGACAAUAAAAGAGCCGUCGGCGUUGUCUUCGAAAAGGACAGACGCAAAUAUACCGUGAAAGCAAGGAAAGAGGUGAUCAUUGCCGCCGGAGCUGUUCACAGCCCAAAGCUCUUGAUACUCUCUGGCGUCGGUCCAAGAGAGCAUCUGCAGGAGAUGGAGAUUCCGCUCUUGGCUGAUCUUCCUGUUGGCAAGAACUUCCAAGAUCAUGCCAUUGCAGGAGGCUUCGCACUGCACGUGAACAAAACGUUAGAGGAGCACCACGGCAUUAUGAUGGCAGUGCAGUAUUACCGGCGCAAUACAGGUCCGUGGACGUUACCGGGAGGAGUGGAGGGCCUAGCUUUCGUCAAGACGAAGUACGCCAACCAGUCUGAGGAUCUCCCUGAUGUUGAAAUAAUGCUGCACCCCUUGGGUACCACAGACAGUUACGCCGAGAAGUACUUGAGAGGACUUGGACUGAAACAAGAGGUAUUCGACGAGUAUUACCUUCCCUUCAGAGGCGGACAGUCAUUUGUGCUCCUGCCGUUUGUUCUGAGGCCCAAAUCUAGGGGCUACGUGAAGGUGAAGUCCAAAAACCCCAACGAGCUUCCCGCUGUAAGUCCACUGUUCUACACGCACGAGGAUGAUCUAAAGGUCAUAGUGGAAGGGUUGAAGAUGUGUCACAAGCUGGUGAAGACAGAAGCCUUCAGGUCUCUCGGCGCCGCUAUGUGGAGCAAGCCUUUCCCAGGCUGCGAAGGGCACGAACUUCACAGCGACGCAUACUGGGAGUGUCAGGCCACAUCUUUCACGACAACGUCGUACCAUCCCUGUUGUACGUGCAAGAUGGGCAAUGAUGAGACAGCGGUAGUGGACCACAGACUCAGGGUACGUGGCGGCAUUAAGGGCCUGCGCGUCGUCGACGCUUCCGUCAUGCCCGACAUACCGUCCGGCCACCUCAAUGCUCCAGUGAUCAUGAUCGCGGAAAAAGCAGCCGACAUGAUCCUCGAGGACAACCCUCCGAAGCAGAGACGGCGAUCAUUUGUGCCUCGUUCACCGAAUCGUGCCGGAAGGUCAGCCUCCGAGUCGAUCCACAGGAGAUCACUGGUUGGACGGUCAUCGUCGCUGGUGCUAGUGCUAGUUUCGUGUCUGCUGGUUCUUGCGUUCCGCGGUUGAGAAAUGUUCGAACUGAUCAGCCAGGUUUGUCGUUGACGGCAAAACCUCACCCCCGUGAAACGUUUCGCCGCGCAAAUUCACAGGGCGCUCUAUACACGAUAGCGCAUAACGCUGAGCGGUCCGAAAUGGCGAGUUUUACUAAAUCGGAAGGUUGUCACACGUGGCUGUGACGUCGUAGGCCUCACUCGCGUGGCCAGUGUCCCGACCGUAGCCAUGACAUUCUCGGGUGAAUAUACAGUCAAACUCCUUUACAACGAAACUCAGGGGACGGCAAAAAAAAAAAAAAAUUGCA